UUGACAAGCGGCAGAAGCGUCUUGUCUUUCACAGUACAGUCUGCAGCUAAGACUUGAUAGCUAACGCUGCUGUUGUCUGAGGCGACAGGAUGGGUGUAUCAGAUUUACAGUUUGAUACAAAUGCUGGACCUGUGGUGGACCUCUCAGCCCGGGGGAUGCAAAAGCUGGAUCCUAGUUUCAGCUGCACCGAGGACACUCACACUCUCAUCCUGGACCGUAACCACAUAAUGAAACUGGACCAUCUGGAAAGGAGCCCAGGCCUUCAGCAGCUAUCUGUAGCCAGUAACCGUCUGGUGAGAAUGAUGGGCGUCUCUCGGCUAACAGAGUUGAGAGUCCUCAAUCUUCCCAAUAACAGUAUUGGAUACAUCGAGGGGCUGCGAGAUCUGCCACACCUUGAAUGGCUGAAUCUGUCUGGGAACAACAUUAAGGUCAUUGAGCAACUUAACAACUGUGUUUCCCUUCAACACCUGGACCUAUCUGACAAUAACAUAUCUACCAUUGGGGAUCUGACUAAACUGGUGGCAUUAAAGACGCUUUUAGUCCAUGGAAACAGCAUUACAACACUCCGCACUGUUCCUGUUCACCUACCUGCCCAUUUAUCCAUCCUCUCCCUGGCAGAAAAUGAGAUAAGAGAUCUUAAUGAAGUGUCAUACCUGGCACCUCUCCAUGAGCUGGAGCAGCUGUCCAUUAUGAGCAACCCCUGUGUUAUGGCGACCCCUUCACUGCCGGGUUUUGAUUAUCGGCCAUACAUCAUGAGUUGGUGCCUGAGCCUGAAGGUCUUGGACGGCUAUGUAGUGUCACAGAAAGAAGGUCUCAAAGCAGAGUGGCUCUACAGUCAGGGAAAGGGGCGUUCAUACCGACCAGGUCAGCAUGUUCAGCUGGUUCAGUACCUGGCCACUGUUUGUCCUCUGACGUCGUCACCAGCCCUGGAGACGGCAGAAGAUGCCAAACUGGAGAAGAUCCUCAGUAAGCAGAGGUUUCACCAAAGGCAGCUGUUAGAGGAGACGCAAGGAGACAGUCCCAGCCCUCCUCGCCCAACUCAACUAGAUGUAGAGAGCCACAGUCCUUCACAUGCAGUUCCACCAGGUGGAGCCAAAGAGGUGAAUAAAAUCAGUGCACCUGCACCAGCCGCUGCUCCAUCAGCCCAGGAGACUGAGCCAAUGCUGCAGUGUAACACCUGGGUGAGCUGUGAUUCCUCCCACCCAUCAUUGCCGGGAGUUCGCAGCCCAAGGCACGGAGAAGAGCAUAUCUAUUUGGAGGAUGUGCAGACAGAUGAAGACAAACUCAACAGCAGCAUGCUUUCCUCGGAGUCCACCUUUCUCCCCUUCACAUGUGACCUGGAGCCACAGACGACCCACUCGGACAGCGAGGACGAGACGGAGACAUUUGAACCCGACUCCCUGGCUCCAAAGCGUCCAUCGCAGCCCAAAAAGCACAACACAAACAAGACACGUCAUGUUCCCCCGGUGGAUAAGCAACAGAGAAGUCUUGAAGAGGAAGUUAUUUCUGGUGCAGCCACAACAGCUGGAUCACUGGAGGUCCGAGUUAGCGCACCGCCAAAUGAUCUAGAAGCACCUGCCGACUUUGGUAAAGCAGAGAUGAAAGAAACCCCCAUGCAGCAAGAUGUCGGUAUGUGUGGCAGUAAAUCCUGUUUGAUGGAAGCAGACAAGGCGGCGACUACAAUACAGUCGUGGUGGAGGGGACAGCACGCUCGGUGUCAUCACCCAAUGGCCAAAGAGGUGCGCUGUGAAAUCCGUCUGCGCAGGAUGCAAGAACACAUCCUCUUCCUGUCUGAAAAGUUGGACAGGGUGCAGCAGCAGUAUGAAGAAGAGAGGUUACAAAGGCUGGUUCAGGAGGAAGCUGUGAAGUUUCUGUGGAAAGAGCUCCAGUCGAUGCAGCAGUGGAAGCAGUCUGUGGAGCAGCAGCUGGCCUGCGUUACUCAGGCUGCCACCCCGGCUCAGAUCUCAGCUCCCAGAUUAUGUGAGGCUGCCCCGCCGGUUGCAUCCAGCACGACGAACCCACCCAGCACAGACGUCUCUUUCCCAGACUCUGGCUUCCAGUCAACAAGCGAUCAGCUGGCAGCGCAGGAGGACAGCUUCCUGAGCAGCGGGACGGCAGACUCUCUGAAGACGGUGCGAGCAUUGAGUCCUGUUCGUAGCGACUUCGCCGGUGCUAUCGAUGGCGUGGACAGCGCAGACUGCAGCCUGCUGGAGCAGUACCUCUCCUCUGUACAGCAGAGGGAGGAGGAGGCUGAGGAGGUGAUCAGCGAUAGAACACAAACACCACAGCCCUCCUCGCCAGUAUCACCCAGCAAAACCGCACAGUCCAACUCCCCCCCGCAGAAGGUGGCAGACAACCAAACAGAAAGAACGGAGGAAACCACUCCCGGCUCUGUCUGAGAGUUUACACGUAAUAGACCCAUGUACAGAACUACUGAGUGUGUAUGGCACGUAUCAUAAGAGUGAGAUGCACUGCUCCCUCCAGAGCCUCUAGGCAUGAUUACUGAUCUCAAAUUACAGUGCACUUAGUUUCACUUGUAAGACUGAACUCCAGCAGGCUUGAAUACACCUUACUGUGAAUGUAACUCACUUUUUUAUACUUCACUCUUUUAAUCUGUUUUGUUAUUUAAUGGGAACUUUCCUCUGUGUAAAGACAACGAUUGUGAUGUAGCUUCAGAAGGUAUUAGUCACUCGAAAGCAAUUAUUUUAUAUUAAAUACAGCGAGUAGGUUGCUACCUCUACUGAAGACCUGGUACAACCUAUUCUCUUUAUCAAUAUCCAAUAAUACAUUAAGCACAUGGAAAUAAACUACAGUUAAUCAGUUAGGAGUUGAUAUGUUAAUCGUAGUGCACAAACCACAGAUAUA